GAUAUGCACAAUAAGGCCACAGGUAAAUAAUUUUUAAAAAAAAGUUUUGUGUGCGUUGACUGUUCCUUACUGAUAUUUUCAAAAGUGACAAUUAUUCUGCAGAUCUAUCCAACCUAAGUGUAUUUUUCCAUGGACCUUAUGGACUAGUAUUUUAAUGUAAAUUUAAAAAGGUGAAUUAUAUAGUAACAAAUAUGAUUGUUAUUGUGGUUAUUGUUUUAGAUAUAAAAACAAUGGCUGAUGAAAAUAUUUUCUUGUUUGUACCAAAUCUCAUUGGUUAUUCACGGAUUAUUCUUGCAUUGAUUUCAUUUUACUAUAUGCCAUUCAAUGCAUGGGUAGCUGCAAGUUUAUAUUUGCUCAGUGGACUUCUAGAUGCUUUUGAUGGACAUGCUGCAAGAGUAUUGAACCAAUGUACAAAGGUGGGAGCUGUACUUGAUAUGGUCACUGAUAGAUGUGCUACAGCUGCAUUGCUGGUUGUUCUUGCCCAGUUCUAUCCCAAAUACCAAUUCAUAUUUCAAUUUCUGAUUUUGUUGGACAUAUCCAGUCACUGGGUUCAAGUUAACAGCAACCUACUUGCUGGCAACCUCAAUCAUAAAGUCGUAGCGGAGUCUGGUAACUGGUUUUUAAAACUUUACUACACUUCACGUGUUGUGUUAUUUGUCAUGUGUGCUGGCAAUGAACUCUUUUUUGCUAUGUUGUACUUGCUACACUUCGCUUCAGGACCUGCCAUUUUAGGUGUUGGUUUAUGGACACUUCUAGCUGUCAUCACAUUUCCCAUAUGCGCCAUCAAGAACGGUAUUAACGUUAUACAGUUGGUCGGCGGGUUUCAGCUUUUAGCAGAGAUCGAUGUUCAAGAAAGGCAGAAAUCGAAGUAAAACAAAGUGUAAAUAUUUUCUGUAUUUUUCGCACGCAUCACGACCACGCUUUAAUGAAAAAUGAUUUGUUUCGUUGUGUUAACAUUAGAAUAUACUAUUUAUCAAUUAGAAUAUAAAAUUAAAAUAUAUUGCCUAUGCAAAGAGCUGUGAGCACCUUGCUGAAGGCGUUACUAUAAUUCGUUCUAAUAUUCGUUAAAAUAAAAUAUUCGUUAAAAUAUUGUUGUUCAGCUGAAGUGUCAAAUAAGUUGUACUCUUUAAAACGACGAAAUGUUGAAAUGCAGUCUUAGCCAAUGACACUUUCUUGUUUUGUGAUGCAAAAAAGCAUCUCAGAAAGUAGUUUAUUUAUUUUUGUGUUCCGUUUUGUGUGUUAUUUGCAAAGAUUUGAUCUACUACAUUUAUCCUGAGAGAAAUAUUCGUUGUAAAUUUUAAAGUGUCAUUUGUUUUUACUUCUUUUUUGUUUUAUUCUUCUUUUUCAACACCACAGUUACGGCGGGAAGGUGAUAGCAAGAAAAAAUAAAUUCCAGUUCCUUUUCGUUUUUUUAUUCCUUAUGAUCUAUAAAUUAAAACUAAUGGCUAUUUAGCCUCGUGUGGCCCUUCUUAAGUUUAUAAACAUUCGCAUCUAUGGAAAACCAACAUAUACCUCGAAAGCCUAUAAUGCGUUUUCUUAUAUAUUAGUGCAAACUUUUAAACUUCCAGGAUUGUUCAAAUUUAGCAGGAGAAGUUGAAGGGUUGAUUGUUGACUUAAGAGUCCACCGGGAAUUACUAGCAUCCUUUUAAGAAAUGUUUCAUUUUUUCAGAAAUAAGAGAAGAUAUUGAAACAUCCAAUGCUUUUAUAUUUUUAUUGAACCCAUAAAUUUAUUUUAUUUCAUAUUUAUUCUUACGACGAUUAAAUAUUUUUAUUUUUUUCCUAUAUAUAUUAUUACUAUUUGUGGAUAUCGAGUUUUCGUCUGGAUAGAAUACAUUUGUGAAUGUUAAUUUAA